CAGAGGAAUUCAUGAUGGCCGCUGACAGUGAUCCCGAGUCGGAGGUGUUCGAGAUCACAGACUUUACCACCGCUUCGGAGUGGGAGAGGUUUGUGUCAAGAGUAGAGGAGGUCCUUAAUGACUGGAAACUGAUUGGCGGCAGUGUUGGGAAAGCCCCUGAAAAGGGAGACUACACCAAUGGCACGUGGGAGGAGAAGAAUCAGGAGAUCAGCUUUGCAGAUUUUAAAUUCUGCGUCACGCACCACUACCUGAAGCAGGAGGGCUCAUCGGAUAAUGAGGGAAAGGAGGAGCAGGAGGAAGAUGCCUUCCCUGCGGCCAUGCAGGACCUGCUAUGCAUGAACAAUGACUUCCCUCCCAGAGCACACUGCCUCGUCCGAUGGUAUGGCAUGCGUGAGUUUGUGGUCAUCUCCCCCGGAACCAACUGCGAGGCCAUCAUCAGCGAGUCCAAAUGCAACCUGCUGCUCAGCUCUGUGUCCAUCGCUCUGGCCAACACCGGAUGCCAGGUGCCGGUGUUGGUGCAGAUCCAGCACAAGUGGCGGCGCAUGUACGCGGGCGAGUGCCAGGGCUCCAACGUGCGCACCGACUUCGAGAUGGUGCACCUGCGCAAGGUGCCCAGCCAGUACAACCACCUCUCCGGCCUCCUGGACAUCUUCAAGUCCAAGAUUGGCUGCCCUCUGACGCCGCUGCCGCCCAUUAACAUUGCCAUCCGCUUCACCUACGUGCUGCAGGACUGGCAGCAGCACUUCUGGCCCCAGCAGCCCCCCGACUUCGAUGCACUGCUUGCAGGGGAGGUGGGUGGAGUAGAGUUUGGGAAGCUGCCUUUCGGGGCCUGUGAAGAUCCAAUCAGUGAACUGCACCUUGCUACCACUUGGCCGCAUUUGACGGAAGGGAUCGUAGUGGAUAACGACGUGUAUUCUGACUUGGACCCGCUGCAGGCUCCACACUGGUCCGUGAGGGUACGCAAGGCCGACAACCCCCAGUGCCUUCUGGGUGAGUUCCUGUUGGAGUUCUUCAAACUGUGUAUGCUGAAGGAGUCCACUGAAGAGCUACUGGGAAAGAGUACUGUGGAGGAGGAGGGCAAAGAGAACGCUGACAUCAGCCAUGCCCUGUCCAAGCUUACCGAGCCCACUGCCGUGCCCAUCUCAAAGCUCUCCGUCUCCAGCAUGGUUCACAGCGCUCGCAAGCGCAUCCGCCGACACAGACGCGUCGACGAGUCUCCUCUCAACGCAGACGUCCUCAACUCCAUACUGUUGUAUCUGUUCCCAGAUGCUGCAACUGACAAGCCCAGUGAUGCAACGGCAGCCAAGGCCAAACAGGGCAACCCCGAUGGGAAAUCGGAAGCGGAGCCAGAGGACUAUAACUUAUUCAACCAGUUCAAGUCGGCGCCGUCAGACAGCCUGACCUACCGGCUGGCCCUGUGUAUCUGCAUGGUGAACUUCUACCACGGGGGCGUGCGGGCGGUGGCUCACCUGUGGCAGGAGUUUGUGCUGGAGAUGCGCUACCGCUGGGAGAACAACUACCUCGUCUAUGGUUUGGCCAGUGGAGUUCCGGACCUCAGGUGUUGCCUUCUUCACCAGAAGCUACAGAUGCUGAACUGCUGCAUCGAGCGCAAGAGGGCGCGCGACGACAGUCGCCAGAAAAGUGGCGGCGGUGCCUCCGAGGGUGGCAUCGUGGGGCGCGACCGCAAGACGUCGUCGACGGCAGCAGCAGCAGCGCAGGAAAAUGGCCGCCUGGCGCCCGAUGCGUCCACGUCGGCCGAGGUGUCGCCCGGCAAGUCCUGGGAAUCAUGGAGCGAGGACAGCGAGGACGAGUUCUUCGAGUGCCUGAGCGACACGGAGGAGCUGAAGGAGGAGGCGACGGCAGCGGAGGGGGGAGGGGCGAAGGAGGCCAGCAAGGCCAAGCCGGAGGGCAGGCUGCAGCCGCACGGGAACCUCACGCUGCUAAACUCAGACGAGCCCCUCUACAUCCCCGUCACACAGGAGCCGGCGCCCAUGACAGAGGACACUCUGGAGGAGCAGUCGGAGGUGUUGGCUAAGCUGGGCACGUCAGCGGAGGGGGCUCACCUGCGCGCCCGCAUGCAGAGCGCCUGCCUGCUCUCCGACAUGGAGUCCUUCAAGGCGGCGAACCCCGGCUGCUGCCUGGAGGACUUUGUGCGCUGGUACUCUCCGCGGGACUACGUGGAGGAGGAGGUGGAGGUGGAGGUGGCGGACGAGAGCGGGGAAGGGGCGACGACCACGAGGAAGGAGGUGCGGGGUGAGCUGAGUGCCCGCAUGAAGAUCCCGGGCAACAUGUGGGUGGAGGCCUGGGAGACGGCCAAGGUCACCCCCGCACGCCGCCAACGACGCCUCUUCGACGACACCAAGGAGGCCGAGAAGGUUCUGCACUACCUGGCGCUCCAGAAGCCAGCCGACCUGACCAGGCACCUGCUGCCCUGCCUGCUGCACGCUGCCACACUCAAGGUCAAAGAGGAGGAGGCCAAAGAGGACAUCUUGUCUGUUCGUAAGGCCCUGCAGCAGGUCAUCACCCAUUCCAGCAAGCUCCUGCGACACCCCAUCCCCGACUACAAGAAGGUCGAGGAGCUGAUUAACCAGGUGAUGGUGCUGGAGGCGGUGGUGGCGCGCGCCCGCUCCCUCAAAGCCAAGUUUGGCAUCGGCAGCAGCAGCUCCGACAGGGGCAAGGAGGAGGAGGAGGAGCUGGAGAGGUUUGUCAGUUCUCUGCUGGAGGAUCCGGAGGUGUCUGUGUUGGGAGCGGGGAGAGGGCCGGCCGGCAGCAUCAUCCACAAGAUGUUUGUCAGCGCACAGAGGGCGGCGCUGCUGUCCCCGAUGGAAGAAGACCCUGCCCGGGCAUCCGGAGGUGAAGACAAGAAGCCCUCGUCAGCUGGCAGCGGGGUCCCGGACUUCCCCCCGGCAGCAGGUCGGGAGGUGAUCCUGCGCACGUGUGUGCCGCGGCCCGCGCCCUACUCCAAGGCCCUGCCCCAGCGCAUGUUCUGCGUGCUGAUGCGCGAAGAGUUCCGACUGGCCGGAGCCUUCUCCUCGGACACUUCCUUCUUCUGAGAAGCCUCUAGUCUAGAUGGUUGUCCCCUAUAGCAGGCAAUUAGGGUGGGGAUCUGCUACAUGUAAUGGAUAGGGUGACGUGGGAUGAGCCAUGGGACAAGGGAAGGGUGGGGAAUAGGGUGGGGGCAUGCUGGAUAGCAGGUCUUAGGAGCCGUGGGGUUCUUCAGCUAGGAACAGAGACGUUAGUCAGGGGAUGAGACCUCGACCAAAAGGCAUGGACGGAUGGUUCAAAGGAAGUCAGGAUUUUUUUUUUUUCUUCAAUGGGGGAUUCAGGGGGAAGGGGAGCUUGGGAUCCUGCCUUUGUGGUUCUGAAUCGUCGUGCUUUACAGCUUUAGCUCAUAUUGGGUUGGGUUAUCCACUCCAUAGGAGUCUUGUUGGCAGAGAAACUAGUCCUUUUACACAUGUCCGUUGACAACAAAAAAUGCACAAGUUACACACGUACAAUACAGGCAUUAGUUCUACUGUUUGAGGAGAACCUCUCGCAUUGGAUCUCCUAUUGCUAUGUCAGAGUUAAUCAUUCAAACCCUGUUAGGUUAGAUAUGUGAGUAUUUCAGUGUUAACAGAUUCACCUUAUUAUUUUCAAAGGAAAAAAUACAAAGCUUAAGUCUGAAAUAAAUGCUAAAAAAAAAUCAGAUGAACGUGCUUUUAAAAAAAUAUGUAUUUUAAAAUGUCACCAAAAUGUCACUUAAUUUAAUAUUUUAUGCCGUGGGACUCCUAGCGCUGCUACUUAAAGGCUAUAUCCAUCCCGUCACAAGCCUAGCAUUUUGUUAGCCUCUUCUAUCUCCGCUUAGUCAUGCGUUGCGUUUGUAAGUCAGUCAAGUAAUUUGUCAGAUAUUUCUUUAUCCCACUUAAUCUUAGCCAUGGUGGUAAAUCGACUGGUCCUUUCAUUGUGCUCGAACACAUUGUGGCGAGGACCUAUGUGGUAAAGUGCAAUUAUACAGGUAACUGUAUAUAUCUUUAACAUUCUGACCCUUACAUAUUCCAGUAAAUGAGGUGUCAACGUCGGCGUGUCUUUUGGUGUCUACAAAGUGGUGUGAAGUGCUAUUAAUAGGUAAUAUAAUUUUUUUUAUGGCGUGAUCUCGGAAAGUGGUAUGGACAGAGGCGGUGACCAUCUGUAGGCCUAUAUGUGUGUGUGUGUGUGGUGUACUUAAAGCCCAUUCAUACCCUACGUGUGAGAAGUAUAUGGAUAGUUGUGGAAUGUUUCAAACUGAUAAUUUCAUGCGUAGUUGGACACGAAAUUUAGGAACUUAGCAUUACGGAUGAAACCGAUCAAAACUGGACCUUGAAAAAGCUCUGCAAACAUAUAAGACGAACCGAGCUACGAAGGCAUUGACGGUUGAGAGUGUAUGGACAGAAUUACGUACGUAAUUUCCCAAACGCAGGGUAUGAAUGGGCCUUCAAAGAGGCACACUGAAACUGUGGAACUAACCAAAGUCUGUACAUGUCAGACAACGGCACUAGACCUACAUGUACUGUAGCAUACUUCUUUGUUUAGUACGUACUGCUUAAUUAUGAUGAAGCAAAAAACAAAAUGUUACUAAUAAAACCAAUUUAAUGAUA